AGCUAUUCUACUAAUUGAAAAGGAGACAGAAAAUAGAUGUCCACGCCUACAGACCCUGGCGCCAUGCCUCAUCCUGGUCCUUCCCCUGGACCAGGACCUUCACCUGGACCGAUUCUAGGACCUAGCCCAGGACCAGGGCCAUCUCCUGGCUCAGUUCACAGCAUGAUGGGGCCAAGUCCUGGUCCGCCCAGUGUCCCACAUCCAAUGCCGACAAUGGGGCCUACUGAUUAUCCACAGGAAGGCAUGCACCAAAUGCAUAAGUCUAUUGAUGGCUUGCAUGAAAAAGGAAUGGUUGAAGACGUUCAUUGUGGCUCCAUGAAGAGUAUGCGACCUCCUCACCCUGGAAUGGCCCCACCUCAGAGUCCAAUGGACCAGCAUAGCCAAGGUUAUAUGUCUCCGCACCCGUCUCCGCUAGGAGCACCAGAGCAUGUGUCCAGUCCAAUGUCUGGAGGAGGUCCAACUCCACCUCAGAUGACUCCCAGUCAGCCAGGACCCAUUAUACCAGGAGACCCGCAAGUUAUGAACCAGUCUAACAGAGGUCCUUCUCCUUUCAGCCCUGUACAGCUGCAUCAGCUGCGGGCUCAGAUUCUAGCAUACAAAAUGUUAGCUAGAGGUCAGCCUUUACCAGAAAACCUUCAGCUUGCUGUUCAGGGUAAGAGGACCCUGCCUGGCAUUCAACAGCAGCAGCCUCCCAGUGCCUUCAACAGACAGUCUGGUAUUGGGUUACAUACAAUGAGUGGUGCUACAGCUGGACCAGGGCCUACUCCAGGGAUGACUGGACACACAGCUGCCAUUGCCCCUAAAACUUGGACUGAAGGCCAAGCCCCAGAUAUGAGUGUCUCCAGUGCGCAGCAAAAGCUUCCCGCGCCACCCCCCAGUGGGAGGCCUUCUCCUGCCCCCACUGCUGCCCAGCCUGCUGCUGCCAUGCCUGGGCCUUCUGUACCACAGCCACCACCUGGACAGCCUUCACCCAUUGUUCAGCUGCAGCAAAAGCAGAAUCGCAUCAGCCCCAUCCAGAAGCCACAAGGACUGGAUCCUGUUGAAAUACUUCAGGAACGCGAAUAUAG